CCAUGACAUGUUUUUGUUUACUAUAGCUUGAAUCGGAGGAAUAUUAUUGAAUUUUAUACCGUUUUAUACUGCUGCAUUGUGCAGCUGAAUCGAGUGAAGAAGUAAGCAUAAUCACAAUAAAGCGAUAGUUUGUUUCCAGCACGUAAGUUGUGUAUGCAAAAUGGAGGAAUUAAGCUUCAUAAAGGUGGAGAACUUCGCUGCAACAGUGAAGGUGGAAGAGCUUAUGAUAACUGACAUUCUGCCUGAGGAAGAAGCAACUACGUUCGCUAGCAGCACCGCACCGACUGCGGCGAACGCCCUGAGGGAAGAUUUAACUGAUGUGAAACAAGAACCUGUCAGGGACAACACCAAUGAAGUUGAGACUACAACAGCUUGUGCUAGAAUUACAGCUUCUAGCUCCAGCAACUCUGUUGAUUCGGAAAUGCGCAACACCGAUGUUAAUGAUCGUUCGCACAAAAUGAACGCUUGUGAGUUCUGCAAUAAAACAUUUAGUGUAAACUACACCUUGCAGAAUCAUAGAAGAAUUCACACCGGGGAACGACCUUUUGCGUGUGAUAUCUGUAGCAGAACAUUUCACACAAGCGCACGUUUGAACUAUCAUAAGAAAGCUCAUACAGGCCAACACUUCGAGUGUGAUAUAUGCAGCCGACCUUUUUUAAAUAAAACAAACUUAGCAACCCACAUGAUUGUUCAUCGUACAGAUUGUCCCUAUAAGUGUCUGAUUUGCGAAAAAAAGUUCCCGACUAAUUAUCAUCUCAAAAAACAUUUACUCACUCACAGCGAUGCGCGACCCUUCAAAUGCGACAUCUGUGACACAUCAUUCAAGGCAUAUGCACAACUAAAAGUUCAUAUGAAGACCCACAAGGUUGAGCCCUUCCCAGACAACACAGAAGGUUUGGAGUUAAAUCGAAUUGAUGAAUCAGUAAAAUACACCUGCGACAUAUGCGGCAAACACUACAAACAAUUGGGACGACUUCACUUACAUCGGAAGCUUCAUCAGAGCACCACUGUGAGAUCUAAACCCACUAAAACCCACGACGCAGAGAAGCACGAAUGUACGAUUUGUGGAAAAGGAAAUCGGAAUCGUACAGCACUCAUGAGGCACAUGGUUUCUCAUACUGAGGAACGGCCUUUUAGUUGCGACAUUUGCGGUUCAUUAUUUAAGACAGCUGAUACUGUGAGAGUGCACAAGAAGACGCACUCUUCCGUUAGGCCGCAUGAAUGCAAAAUUUGCGGAAAACGGUUUUUAGUUCGUAACAAACUUACGCGGCACUUGUUUUACCAUAUUGACGAACGACCUUUUCAAUGCAAUAUUUGCGGUCUAUCAGUGAGGUCAGCAGCUAAUCUAAAAAUUCACAAACAAACGCAUAACCGUGAAAGCUGCACAUCCGAUCCAAAUCUUAUGAAGCGUGUGGCUGGUGACCCGGAAAAACCACCUCUCUAUUGCGAUAUUUGCGGUUUAUCCUAUAAAACAGCUUAUUAUUUAAGAAAACAUAUGGAAAAGCACACCUCGAAGAGCCAGCCUGAAUGCGAAAUUUGCGGGAAGCGAUUUAAAAUGCCUUGUAUACUGAGGCGGCACAUGGUUAGCCACACUAACGAACGGCCUUAUAAAUGCAAUAUUUGCAGCUUAUUAUGCAAGUCAAACCCAAUUCUGCAAAAACAUAUAAAAACACACUCGAAAUAAGGACGUUACAAAUGCGAUAUUUGCGUUAUUACAUGCAGAACAAGUGCUUUGUUAGAGGCGCACGGUAAAACUCAAAUGCACCUUAGGAAGAUACAAAAUAAUCAUUUCACAGCUUCUAGCACCAGUUAAUUCUGCCCUUGUUUAAUAUUCGAAGGAUUAUUCAAAUCGUACACACAACUUUCAGUCAUAAAAUUCGAAUCAUUAUAGUUUGAAGCAUUCUCAGACUGGAGAGUUUGUGAUUUUAGGAGUUGCACUGAGUUAAACUGAAAAAAAGUUUCAGCAAUCAUAAAUAUAGAGUAUAUUACAGUU